AUGAUUAGAGCUGGUCCGAUGACUGAACCCAAUAACGACAAUGUAUCUUGGCCUCGUCUCGACUCGCGCGAGAGUGCAAAUGUAGCAUUAAAACCUUCACCUCGCAGCCGCCGCACCGGCCACGCACCGCCCGCUAGUCGGAAGCGCGCCGACGCCGCGCCGGAGACGUGCUGUUUAAACGACGAUUUCGGAGCACCAAUACGUUGGGUGCCAUUAACUUCGCCAGAUACAAGUGAUGGACUGGCGAAAGUGACGGAUAAAAAAACUCACAAGAACCAACAGUUCAUUAUUGAGGGUGUACUUUACGUUCCUGUCGUGGACGAGAAUGUGGCUCGAUUAGGGUUGACUACAGAGGACUAUCAUGAAACGACAACGCAGCUUCCUACCCUGACUCCUAAGAAUGAUUCAUCUAUCAAGACCAUUUUAAGAUCUAUGAACCUAAACAAGAGCUCUGAACUAGAGUGGCUGGCGAUGGAAACUGUUCUUGGACCGAAACAAGUUUAUCCGGCACAGUGUGAAGCUGAGUCCUGCCAGGCCAGGUGUCAUAAGCCCAAGUGUGAUUCUAAGUGUGUGGGAGUUGGUUGCAAUGCUAAUGUGACACCUAACAGUAUAAGUAAAAAGUUAGCUUAG